CAAUUCGUCCCGCGAGGCCGAUACCGACAUAGAGCGGUUAGACACCCUUCAAACCCCAUUACAUCUUAUUCUGUCAUUAGGUUUACGCACUGCCCCGAUUUGGCAACGGAGAGAGUGACAAUGGAGAGGGAGCUGGCCACGCUAGGCAAGGGCGCGCAAUGCUGCAGCUGGAACUACUGUGGGCAGCGCUUUGCUGUGGGAUACGACGAUGGCUCCGUCGCCGUCCACGAUUCGGACUCCUCCUUUUCCCGCUCAUCGAAGUUUAAGGUGCAUGCAGAUGGCAUUAUGAAUAUUGUCUGGAUUCCUCCGGAAUUUGGUGAUGCUAUUGCUUGUAUUUGCAUUGAUGGAACACUGUCCUUGUGGGAGGAAGUUGGAGAAGAUGCCCAUUCUGUUUCAUGGAAGCAAUGCAAAGUCUUUGAAAGCAGUACUUCUAGAGUUCUUGAUGUACAAUUUGGACUUCCAACUAGAUACUUAAAAAUGGUUGCUGCUUAUUCGGACGGUCUUGUGAAGGUCUAUGAGCUUUUGGACUUAUUGGAGUUGAACAAGUGGCAAUUGCAGGCUGAAUUCCAGAAUGUUGUUGAUUCUGUUUCCAUAUUCGGGAAGCCAACAUGUAUAACUGCAUCUGUUGCAUGGAGUCCUCGAAGAGGUGAAAGCCAGCAAUCAAGAUUUGCUUUGGGAUUUAACUCAGAUCUCUCUCAAUUCAAUUCCUGCAAGAUUUGGGAAUUUGAAGAGGCCCAUCAAAGAUGGGUACCAGCCGCAGAAUUAGCUUUUCCUGCCGACACAGAUGAUAGAGUGCAUGCUUUAGCUUGGGCGCCCAAUAUAGGCAGGCCUUUUGAAGUUAUAGCUGUUGCAUCUUGCAAGGGAAUUGCUAUAUGGCAUGUAUGGUUGAACUCUGGGACUGAUGGAAGACUUUCAACUGAAAAGGUCGUUCUACUAUCUGGUCAUGAUAAUGAGACAUGGCAACUGGAGUGGGAUGUCAGUGGCAUGACAUUGGCAUCAACAGGGGGGGAUGGCUUGGUUAGGCUGUGGCAGUCUAACCUAAAUGGGGUCUGGCAGGAGCAGGCUUCUCUUGAUUGCAGUGGAGGACAACAAUGACAGGGGAUGUAAUUCUUCUCCCCCACAUUUUAACAACUUUGCAGUCUUUGUAUGCUAUGUAAGCUCAUAAAUG